AUGGUCAGCAAUACUGUUCUCAUUAUCAUUGUGCUUGUGUGUUCUCUCUCGUCCGUCUCCCUUGCGGCGGGAAUCUUCGGUGUCGUCAAUCCCGAUGUCCACAUGUUAUUUUCACCAAGUAUACAGCAAAAACGAUAUAUGCGAGAAAGCAAGGGAUCUUGCAAGGGAUCUUUCAAGGUGCAUACUCCGUAUAAUGAAAACCUGGCAAAAUUCCACGAUCUCACUCUGACAUUGAUUGAAUACUAUGUCAGACAAACAGAGGACAUUGAAGACCAGCCAGAUGGCGAUAGCAUGUCUGAGCUUUGA